AUUCCAUCUUAAUUUUCUACAAUGAGAAAAUAUUUUUCGAUUUUAUCGUCUAAUAUUAUUUAUUGAAACAUUUUCGAAUAGAAACAAUAGGAUAUUCUAGAUUGUUUUUUCUCUGUAAUCGAUUUAGACGGUGCUAGAACAAUUCGUUGCAUGGACAAUUCGUUACGGGACAAUUCGUCGCAAUGAUAUAAUCCAAUUAUAACUUAUCAUUAUUUUUUCAUAAAUGAAUUGACCUAUUAAGAUAAGUUAGAAACACAUAAUUCAAUGAGUAUGACAAUUGUAGAGACUAUUUUUAAUAACUAAACUUUGAAUUUUUUUUUCGGUUUGUAUUGUCAUAAGAAAUUCUGGUUUGAUAAAAAAAAUCGGAUCUAUUUUCUGCAUCACGACUAAUACUGACGAGAUGAAAAAACCUCAAACGUGAGAAAUUAUCAAAACUAGUGUUAACACUGUAUAAAUCAUCGUUGAAUUCAAACUAGUUUAAUUUUAAACAUGUCAAAUGAGAACUGAUAGUUUUUAAACUAACAUAAUUUGUACGUUAAAUAAGGAUAUUUAAUAAAAAGAUUGGAUCAAAAGCUUUUUUGGUUAUGCUAAAGUCAAUCUUUUUUAGUGAACACUAAGUUUCACUUAUCUUCUCAAAUUAUUGUUCCAUGUGUCGUAAAUCUUGAGCUACAAUAGGAAUUGAAAGAAAGAUGCAGUACCACUGUUGCUUCUAUAAGAGAACUUUUACCACUGACAUAAUUCAAAUAACCUAACUUUUUAUAUGUACCAGACGAUUAUUGUACUGCUCGGAAUCAAAAAUCAAAGUUUAGUAAUCAAAAAUAGUCUCUACAAUUAUCAUACUCAUUGAAUUAUGUGUUUCUAACUUAUCUUAAUGGGUCAAUUCAUUUAUCAAAAAAAAAAUGAUAAGUUAUAAUUGGGUUAUAUCAUUGCGACGAAUUAUCCCGCAACGAAUUGUCUGACAACGGAUUGUCCGUGCGACGAAUUGUCCGCGACGAAGUGUCCGGUCGCCCCAAUGAUAUUCUUGAGGGUGUGGGUGUGCUGCACCUCUUCCCAAACAUCAAUACCCACACCCACACCCACACCCACAAACCUAUACCCACCCACAUCCACAUUCAUCAACUCUUCACACCCCAUCCCACACCCACACCCAACUCGAUUAACAUCUAAUGCAAAAGUAAUUGCCGAUAUCUCAACCCAUGAUUUUCCACUCAGAAACAUCGUUGAGAGUUCAAUGUUUUUUUUUCUCCAUUAACUUUGAAUGAGAAAAAAGUUUGACAUCAAAUAUCACAAAAAAGAGACUUUUACAACUUCUCUGACCUCUUUUCAAACGUAUAUCUCACAUCAAGCCUAUUUAUUUAGCUAUAACCAGGUUACGAUUGAAAUUAUAUAUAAUUAUAGAACGUAGAAGUAUUUUUAUCAUUCUUUCAAAUCAGAUAUGAUAAAUUAUGUUUUGAUACAUUUUAUAAUCGCAAUGCUUUACAAGUUUUUGAUUGAUUUCAAAAAAAAAAACAUCAUUUCACUUAAUGAAUAGUUUCUAGAUACUGAACGAAUUUUAUUCCUUUUCUAAAAAAACACAUUCUCUGAAACAGCAUGUAAUUCUUUAUAAAUUUAAAUUAAUUUUAAUAUCGACUAACAACAUGUUUAAGUCCUAAAUAAAGAACUAUUCUUAAUGUUCUAUCUAUCAUAUGUAAAGCACCGCUUUCUAUCAAAAUAAAGACGUUUUAUUUUAUGUUAAAGAACUCCGAAGAAACCUGGGAAAGUAUGAAUGAUUUUCUUAUCUGUUUAGUUUUUUAAGAAAAUUUUUGUUAUAUAUAUUUUUUCAAAUGCAGACUGUGAUCUUUCAAUAACAAAAAACAAUUAACUUUCUACGAUGUUCCUAAAUGGAUAAACAUGGAUCGAGAUUUCGGCCAUUACUUUGCAUCGUAGGUUAUUUUGACGUAUUCAACCAUUAGAUGCUGAUCGUAUGAGUUUAUUUUAUUUUUCAAUCUAUAAAUCAAUUUGUUUAUUUAUUGAUCAUCUUCUUCAAAUUGAUGGACAUUUAUUUAUAUUAUUUGAAAUUUUUCGAUAAUUCUUAGAUAAAUCAAAUCUUGACAAGUAAAAUUUAAUUUUAGAUUAGUUGAAUUAAUAUUUCAACAUUAUCGAUCAAUUCUUAAAUUAAUAACAAAAAUUUGGUCGACAGAAAUAUUAGGGAACAACCAAUAUUCAUCACUAGAUCAAAAUGAAGAAGAUCGACAAGUUCGAAUACAACUUUUAGACUCAGCUGGUAGUGAAUCAAAAAAGAAACAACAGCAAAAACAAAAAGUACAAAAAAAAGAUAAUAAAAUUCAAUAUCGACCACAAUCAGCAUCUGUAGCCAUUGCAAUUAUCGAUGAAGAUGAAGAAGAAAAGGCAAAACGAUUAUCUCAAGAUCCUCGUUUACUUUUUACUCUAAUUGGACAACCAACAACUGACGAUCCAUUAACAAAUGUUGUUGGUGUUUAUGCUCCUUGGGUUACAUUAAAUAAUUAUAAAUAUAACGUUAAAGUUUUACCAGGUAGUUUUGGUAAGAAAGGCAAGAAUGUUCAAGCUGCAUCAUGA